AUGGCCUACCCAACAACAGUAGGGCAAUGUGGUAGUGGAGGAGGUACCCCGUUUUCAUUUACUGGUGAAAGUAAUGGUGCCAGUUUGCAGAGGAUCUGGGUUUGGGUGGGAGGAUGGCAGGUCAAGGGUGUCAGGGCCUGGCUUACAGAUGGUAGAGAGAAAACCUUCGGAGAACCAUAUGGAUCCCAUCAAGAGUAUGUGUUUUCACCUGGUGAGUGUUUCACCUCACUGUCUCUCUGGGGGAACGGAGCAGGAACACGCCUGGGGGCCAUCAAAUUCAAGACCAACAAGCGUGGAGAAUUUUUUGCACACAUGACAGACUGGGGUUUAAAAACAGAAUAUCCCAUGGAUGUCGGCUCUGGAUUUUGUCUUGGCAUUAUUGGAAGAUCAAGUACAGACAUCGACCUCAUGGGGUUCGUGUUUCUCAAUGCAGUUCAGUCAACAGUUCUCACCAAUGUCAACUAUCCCACCAUCAACCAGCUGAUCCCAAAGGUGGCUAUGGAAGAGAUCAAGUCGAUCACUUGUAAGAACGAAUCCUCAGCUACUCAACACCAAACAAUUGAAAGCUCAAAGAAAGUGAUUAAAACAUCUUCAUGGUCUGAGAGUUCCAGCUUCUCAUCAACAUUCAGUAUGGAGGUGAAGGCUGGGAUUCCCGAAGUUGUAGAAGUUUCGACAGGAUACAGUGCUACUGUUGGAGCUGAAAGCACCUAUGGUAUGGAGGAGACGGAGGAGAGAAAUGAAACUCUGACCACCGCUGUUGAAGUCCCAUCAAAGAAGAAGGUGGAAGUUCACAUCACCAUUGGCAGAGCCACUUUUGACCUGCCGUACACUGGCACAGUGAAGAUCACUUGCAAGAAUGGCAGUGAGUUAAAGUAUGAAACCAAGGGCCAAUACAAAGGCGUCACUUACACUGAUAUCAAAGUGAAUACGGUUGAAAAAGAUCUGUAA